AGGAUGUGUAAUACACACAGAGACAAAUUAAGGAUUUCAUUAGAACGCUCAAAAUCAGUGAUUGUCAUCUGCUGGGUCAUGACCCAAGAGUGGGUAGAGGAGUAGUUUUUAGUUUGUAAUGGCCUUUGCCCAGGCAAAAAAAGGUUCAGAUUGAAGAUCAGCACUCUGGCCUAUUUGCACUCCUUAACAGUAGAGGCCCAAUGUGUUUUGUUUGUUUUUUUUUAACGUUUUUUGUAAUUCCAGAAUCAAGUGAUGAAAACAAUCCAUUGUUUUACCUUUAAACUGUUUCAGUGUAGCACUGUGUAGAUUUUCUGAAUCUUAAUCUCUUUCAAAAGUCAUUUUUCAAUAUGAUAAGGUAUACUGGAAUGUGAUCUGAUAUCAGAAACAAGUUAUUUCACAACAUGUGAUAAAAUACCCUGGAAAUAAUCCAAAAUGCCCCUAGAACAUUUUACACGAUUAAUUCCUAACCUGGUCUGAACCCCUUAAAUAUAAAAAAAAGAUAAUAUACUGUGUGGGUGUGUUUACUGCACUUUAUGAACUACUGGGCAUGUUAUGACACUCAUGGGCUACUAAAACUGAGACUAAAAUGUCUAUGUAAACAAGGAAACUUUUUUUAUUUCAGUGUCAGUUAAAGCUGAUUUUAAAUAACCUUUGUAAUUUAAAAAAAGUUUUAAAAAAUAUGUAUGUGAAUAUUCAGUUAAAUUUAAUUCUACAAAUUCCAGCUAAUGUUUCAUUACUCCAGAGUUCCUCUGUACAGAGGCGGCCAUAUUGGAUCAUAUUUUUGCAUUGUUUUCAACUACACCAUAUUAUUUCUUCAUGUUUGUACCGCUACCACCAUGACAGUUACCUAACCACUAGUUGUCACUAAGUCAUAUAAUUUAAAUUUUAAGAUAACAUCUGGGGAAACUGUCAAGUUGGUACAAACUGAUAGCAUAAACUGAUAAUGUGCGUUGAUUAUUAGCAGUUCUGCUUCUUCAUUCAUGAUCUGUGGAUGUGAUAAACUGGAGAGUAGAGAUUGAUCACAGUCUUGGAUCAGGACUGUGCAGCUUGUGUUUGGCUGACAAGGCUGAUGUGGCUUGAGCAGUAAAGAGGUGGAGGUCUUCUCUUUCUUGUUUUCAUUGUUUCCCCCCUCCCUGCCUCGACAAAAGGAAACAGCGCCAAACUUUGUCCCUGACGACCAACGGUGCUGGUCCGAGGCUGCAGGAAGCUGAUAACAGGCUUCAUCAAAACCUGAAUCGACAGUUUCAAGCUGCCUUGUCCUUCCUGUUUCAGCAGGGUACACAGACCAGGGCGAGAGAGGGAGAGGGAGAGGGAAAGAAAGGGAGAGAGAGCCUCCAGCAGAUGCCCCAUUCAUCCCACAGAGGAUACUUUGUUACAUCUAAAUGGCCUUCUGGCUCCUACAGGCCCAGGAUGUUAAUGUGCCACAGGAGCCGAUAUCAGGAUCAAAGGAAGCUUUCUGGAUCCAACUGAUAAACACAGACCUGACUCUGGUGCGGCUUCACUCUCAGCCACAGAAAGACCAAAGGCUUCAUUUGAUUUGAUUUUGACAUCCAUCACCAUCAGUUGGCGUUCACCAACAAGUGACAGCUCCCAACAGCACAGCAAUGUAUUGUACUGGCUGUCACUGCUAAUUAUAAUGUUGCGUCCCUGUUUAAUUCCCUCAAUGUACAGCAGAUCUCAAUAAAGACGUUAACAAAGAGUAUGUCUGUCUUCAGCACAGUGGUUUACCACAUAAAUACAAGUAUCAGUAACUGUUUUAGGGCCUAAAUACAACCUGUUCACAAGUCUGGAUGAAGUUUUACAGUAUAGCUCCAUGAUUGGUCAGAUCACUUGAAAUUAGUUCAAUGAGUUCAAUAUCUAGAUGUCUCUCUGAUAUCAAUUUGGUAAAUGCCCAGGCUGUACAGGUUAAUGUUAGUGGUCUCUGUCCUUCCAACGUUAGCUGUUUCCUCUAAAUAAAAACAAACAUUUGAAAAACAAUAAGACAAUCUGUAGGGAUUAUGAAUAAAAUGAGAGAAAUUUGCAGUAGAUAAGCCAUGAAUUUUUAUUUUCUCACAUUAGUUUUUACUAAAGGUUUUAUGUAAAAUGUAUCCCAGUGAUUUAAUUUAAGAAUAUUCUAUCUAUGCAGUAUAUGCUCAUGGAUAUUGAUCAAAACAAGCCAAAGAAGUUAGCAAACUUCACCCCCUUGUGGGGUGGUGAGAUGAUACGGUGUAAUGUGGAACAAAAGGACACAGGGUGAUCAAAAUAUCUUGCUGUUUCGAUGUCAAAGGGGCGAGGUACUGACCCUGCAGUAUUUUCAUGUUUAAGAAGCAAGUUAUUAAACUGCUCUGUGCUAUCUUUUAAAAGUGGGUUAGAGGUUGUAUAUAAAUGACCUCAGUUUUUAGGAUCAGUAAGAUGAGAUCCCUCACAGUCUGAGAAUGAAAGUGAUUGAUCAGCAGAGGUGGAGGCAAACACGGGCCUUAGAUCAGAGGAAUGAGAGGACAACAGCAAAGAUGUAUGUCAUAGGAGACGGUGCUGGUUAUUCUAACUGAAAACAAUACUUCAUAAACAGACACAAGUUGUUUUAAGGAUAAGAACAAAAAUCUUAGAAUAUAGAGGCUGCAUCCUGUACCAAUAAAAACAGCUGCAGGCGUAGUAUUGUUACAAUGACAGCAUUAUAUUGUAACAACACAAGCAGGCCAGCUCCUGAGAAAAACAUCAGUCCUCCCCGUUAGAAGAAACAAGUCUGAGCGACAGAGACGCAGUAGAAGAUUUUAUGGAGCAAGGCAUGGUCGCUGGUUGGCAGACGUGCUCUGGUUCUUUCCUCCCGCUCUGUGGUCUCCUCAUUGUGGAGAGAAGAUAUUUUCAGGUUACAUAGGAGUCCAUCUGCAGCUCUGCAGGUGCGAUCUAUGUCGGGCCGUAAAGGUUUCCUAGGUGAGUUUGUUGACAAUCUUCGUCAGGAGUUCAACAAGAACCAGGAGAUGAAGGAGAACAUAAAGAAGUUCAGAGAAGAAGCCAAGAAGCUUGAAGAGUCGGAUGCCCUCCAACAGGCCCGCAAGAAAUAUAAAACUAUUGAAGCCGAGACAGUGAAGACUUCAGAAGUAUUCAAAAAGACCUUGGACUCUUUGUCAGAAACAGUCAAAGAUGGUCUGGAGGAAGUCGGACGUACUGACAUCGGAAAGAAGAUUAAAGAAGGUGUGGAGGGAGCAGCAAGGACGGCCAUACAUUCUGCUGAGACUGUCUCCAAAGGAGGAGAGAAGCUGGGCAGGAUAUCUGCCUUCAAAGCCAUCUCACAGGGUGUGGAGACCAUGAAGAAGGAGAUAGACGUUGGCGAUGCUGGGCCCUACAGAGCUCCUUCUCAGCUCAGAAAAAGAAGUGAUUUCUCCUCAAAAGGAGGAAUCAGUGACUCCAGAGUAUUUGAGGCCAAUGAAGAGGCUAUGGGUGUGGUUCUCCACAAGGAUUCAAAGUGGUACCAGCAGUGGAAGGACUUUAAGGACAAUAACCUAGUUUUUAACAGAUUUUUCGAGAUGAAGAUGAAAUAUGACGAAAGUGACAACGUCGUCAUCAGAGCAUCUAGAGCUGUAACUGACAGGGUCACUGGUUUCUUAGGGGGUCUCUUUUCUAAAACAGAAAUGUCUGAAGUGCUGACAGAGAUCCUGAAGGCAGACCCAAAUUUUGACAAAGACUCAUUUCUGAAACAGUGUGAGAAAGACAUCAUUCCCAACAUACUGGAGGCCAUGAUUCGUGGAGAACUGGAAGUUUUAAAAGACUGGUGCUAUGAAGCUACAUACAGCCAGUUGGCUCAUCCCAUCCAACAGGCCAAAGCCCUGGGACUGCUCUUCCAGUCCAAGAUUCUCGACAUUGACAACAUAGAUUUAGCCAUGGGUAAGAUGAUGGAGCAGGGCCCAGUAUUGAUCAUAACAUUCCAGGCUCAGGUCGUCAUGGUGAUCCGCAGUGCCAAAGGAGAUGUCGUUGAGGGAGAUCCGGAGAAGGUGAUGAGGAUGAUGUAUGUUUGGGCGCUGUGUCGUGACCAGGAGGAGCUGAAUCCUAACGCAGCGUGGAGACUCCUGGACAUCUCAGCCUCCAGCACAGAACAGAUCCUCUAAUAGGAGCAUCCACAGGUGAAAAAAAGAUCCACACGGGACACGUGGACGAGGGUACGGGAUACGAGGAUGUGUCCGGACCAACUGCACGAACUGGCUCAUACAUAUUUACAGAGGGGGACAUCUGAGGGCAGAGAGGAGCUGGGUUAUGUCACAGACUCAUUACACACUGUAUACGUAUAUAUAGCCAUUUACGCUUAGGUGAAAAAAAAUAUUCUCACUGAAACUAAGACCAGAAACCAAUAUAUACGGUACAUGAACAGAAACUGCACAUUCACCUGCAGAUUUGUGAAGUGUAUUUAUAAGUAUUUAUAUUUUCUUUCUUCAUCUGGUUGAAGGUGGAUCCUGUGUUAAGCUAAUCCAAAGUAAUUCAUGCAAGCAACGUUUUAAAGAAAGACGUGAAGAGGAAAUGGGGCAAAACAGAAGAUGAAGCUGUCCAGAUAAAAACACUGGAUUAAAGCAGCUCAUUGUUGCAGAGGAACACAUGAUGGACAUUGUUUACAAAGCCAAACAUGUCCCAUGUUUCAAGGUAACGGAGGCCCACGACUAAUUUAAUUAAUGAUGACUAGUUUACUUGAGACUGAAAGUCUACUGAGUCCCAAGUACGUACAUUACAAUGAUGAAUGUUGAACUAAAAGAAGUGUUCAGAAUAGAAUAAAUCAUGUUUUCUAGAAAUAGACUUUUGGUUCUCUUCACUGAAAAGACUGUCCUUCUGCUUCUGUGGGAUCCAAUAGAAAUUGGCACAAAGAAAAUGUUAAAUAUGUGUCAGGAUAAGUUCCCAUCUGGGGCUUUGAAUCAAUUUUAUAGUUUUUAUUUAUUUAUGUAUUUUACACCUUAAUCAAGGAUAUACAGUACUGUGCAAAGUGUGGGGAAAACAUGCUGUAAACCAGGACUGCUUUCAAAAAUAAAAAUGAUUGUAUAUUUUUUAUCAAUUUACAGAAUGGUAAGUGAAGAAAAGAAAAAUCUGAAUCACAUCUCUGCCUUCAACCCAGCAUCAAUUCUUAUUGGUAAGUCAGGGAUGUUGUAGGAUUAUAGUCAGGGGUAUGAUCAGGUUUAGCUCUCUUUAAUUAGUGAACCAAGACGGGGUAAAGUAUUUAACACACUUCAUAUUAAAGAAAUUCAAACCUAUGUGAUAUUUGAUGAUAUCAGAUUCCAUUUGUGUUGAGUUCUGUUGCCCUGAUCAAUUUCUAGCCAGUGUUUACAUUGAAACACAUUCAGAUGAUGAAGACGUAAUGCUGUGUGUUGUCAGUGUGUUUUGUAGCUGCAGGCUCUUGAUGCUCUAUGACCCCUGGAUCAUAUGGAAGUGCAGGUUGCAGCAUGUGCUCAUGGUCGUGUUUGCAGUAUGGAUUGGGAUGUGCAGCACUAAAACAGAGUUUCAGAGAGAAGGUUUCCAGAAACCUGACGCCAUCUCUAAAUGAGCGUGUAAAUAUGGCCAAUGUUCUUUUGGUUAUAGAUGGGACCACAUUCGGUUAAUGUCAACGUGGCAGCUUCAUUGUGUUUGAAUGAUUUGCUUUUAAAAUGUAUAUUUCAGAUGUUAAACUGAACUGUUCUGUACAGUAUGUGACUUUGCGUGUAGAUAAACCAUUAAGGAAUGAGAA